GUUCGACGUUGUGACAUUUCGCAUUUAGUGACAUUUUAAUCAUAUCAUUGCCAAUUAUAAUAAGUCAAAAUCAGUCUGAGUGGUUCACAUUAUCAAUGAAAAUGUCCCAAAUCGUGUAAUUCAUGUGUUAAAUCGUCGACCUAUUUAUUAUAAAUAAAAGAAAAAUGCGGUGUGGAAUUUUGUUAUUUUUUACUUUAAUCUUAAGUGUCCGUGCAUGGAAUGAUGAUGAUUUAGAGGUCUUCGACGUGGUUGAAGAAGUGAAUCAGAAUUUUUAUGAAUUAUUGGGAGUUUUAAAGGAUGCUUCACAAUCAGAAAUAAAAUCAGCCUUCAAAAGGCUAACAUUAAAGCUCCACCCGGAUAAAAACGACGCUCCAGAUGCAGAUGUUCAAUUUAGGAACUUAGUAUCUGUUCACAACAUACUUAAAGAUCCUGGGAAACGAGAAAAGUAUAAUGAGGUCCUCAAGAAUGGUCUUCCGAACUGGCGUUCAGCAGUGUAUUACUAUAGACAAGUGAGGAGGAUGGGCUUGGCCGAGGGUUCUAUAAUACUUUUUGUAAUCAUAACAUUCGGACAGUAUGCUGUUGGCUGGGCUGCAUAUUUCGAAAAGAGGUUUACAGCUGAGCAUAUAUUAAAUACUCGAAGCAAGAAGUUUUUUAAAAAGACAGGUUUUGACACUGGCAUAGCGGAAAUAUUAGAACUGUUACCAAAACCUAGUAUUAAAGACACUCUGCCAUUUCAAAUACCAAGAGUAAUAUGGUGGACUAUCACAACGAUUCCUGAUGUUAUAACGGAAUUAAAUAGAAGGAGGAUAGAGAUGAUUGAAGAGAAGAAAAGGCGAAAGUGGAAGGAAGAAGAAGACCGUAUCCGGGCGGAACGUGAAGCGGCGGCAGCGGAGGCCCGUGCGGAGGCAAGCAGUGCCGCGCGCAGGCGCAGGGCUUUCGUGCCGCCUGCCAGGGACUGUCUGCUGGAUCCGGCCUCGGAGCCGGACGAUGCAGCACCGGUGGCCGUACCAGUUAAACCUUCCCCUCCAGUUAUAUCGGGAGGUCUCUGGACGGAUGACGAUUUGGUGGAACUAGUCCGUCUAGUAAAGAAGUACCCGCCCGGUGCAGCUGAGCGAUGGGAGAGGAUAGCCGAAGCUAUGUCGAGGAGUGUUCCUGAAGUUACCCAUAUGGCCGCCAAGCUUAAGGAGAACUGCUACAAGUUACCUGGUCAAGAUCAAGCGGAAGAAACACCUCCCGAGCUACCGAAAAAGGUGAAGACGCGCAAGGCGGAGGAGACGAGCGGCGGCAACUGGUCGCAGGGCCAGCAGCGCGCGCUGGAGGCGGCGCUCGCCAAGAGCCCCAAGGGGGCGCCCGGGGACCGCUGGCAGAAGAUCGCCACCGCCGUGCCCGGGAAGACUAAGGAGGAGUGUAUGCAGAGGUGCAAAUAUUUAUCAGAAAUGUUAAGAAAACAGAAGCAGAAGGAAGAAGAAUCACAAAAACUAAACGCGGAAACUCCCAACGAAAAUGAUAAUCAGAUUGACGAAGAAGACUAAAUUUGAAUAUUAAUAUUAAUUUUUAAUCUGUGGUAGUUAUAAUUAUCUGUGGUCAAAAUUUAUUCGCUUUUCUUAGUUGGAUGUUCGAAUAAAAUUACUAUAGGAAUUAAAAAAUGGUGACAAAAAACGCAUAAUUUUAUCAAUAUUUACAA